AUGUCUGGAGAAAGAGGCCACGGGCAUUCCCGUAGACGGAGGAGGCAUGGCCUGUCCCGCUCCAGAAGAGCCGAGCUGCAGUUCCCCAUCAGCCGCGUGGACCGCCUCCUGCGCGAGGGUCACUAUGUCCACCGCUUAAGCUCGUCCACACCUGUGUUUCUGGCCGGCAUCCUCGAGUACCUGACAUCCAACAUCUUGGAACUCGCGGGCCAGGAGGCCUGCAACAGCCACAAGACGUGCAUCACCCCCGAGCACCUGCAGAAGGCCCUGGGCAACAACCAGUACCUGAGCCAACUCUUUGAGGAGAACACCUACUCCCGGGGGGAUGGGAUGGCCCAGGUCAGGAAGUUGUCAGGCCCGGGCACCGGAGCCGACAGCCGCAUCUAG